CCUGACCGGCCACAGACAACACUCAGAGGCCUCCAAGGUCCCCUCCUCCUGGACAAACCCAUCCCCUUGCCCCCUGCUUUCCCCAAGAAAGAAGGAGGGGGGUCCCCUGCCUGGAAUGCUUGUGAACCAGAGCCCAGUGUCCAGUCGCACAGCCUAGAGCUCCGCGCCCUGCCGGCCAGCCAUGCAGAAGAGGCUCCGGAGCCCCUGAGCGUGACCGGCAGCACCCUGGGGAAGCCCCCGAGCAGCAAGGCCCUGGUGCAGAGCAUGCCCCGGCCCCAGCAGGACGAGUGCAGUAACGCCAGCCUGCUGAGCAGCGGGUACACCGGGGACACCGAGGACAGCGACGUGAGAUUGGCAGCUGGCAACCGGGUGGCCCUGUUGAGCAAAAGGCCCCACUCCCAGGCGGGCACCACACACGCGCCCAGCCCAGUGAACAGCCGGCUGAGCGGCCACGGCCACGGCACCAGGCAGGCUGGAGGGGAAAAGUGA